ACAGCCACAGGAAAUAAUGCUCUUCUGUUGCUCUACUAGAAUCUGGCAUCACACUGUUUGCACAGAACCUUAAUUCUUGCAGUCAUUUUUAUGCCUUUACAAUCUGCUUUUCAAAACGAAUAAAUAGAUAAAUGGUGGCUAUCAUUUCUGUAUUUUUCUACCCUUGGAGAACACUUUACAACAGGUCAAUUUAUUUAUUUAUUCAUUCAAAACCACAUAUAUAUUUUAUUUGAAAGUUUUGUGAAGUUUAUUCUUAUAUUCCCUUUUCAAAGAUUUUUUCCCCCAGAUAUUUUGCGAUUAACUUUUUAAGUCUAAGGAUUUGUGAUCGCCUGGUAUUCUGUAUUAAUUUAUAGACAUAGUAAACCACAUCCUCUUCAGUCAUAAGCCAGCUACAAGCUCACAUCAGUUUGCCUUUGCCUAUCUGUCCACAAAACCCCAACUGCCGUUUCUUUAUUUAAUUUUAUCCUUCUACAAUAUUUUAUUAUUCUUUUCAUUUCUCCUAUUUUAUUAUACACCUUGUACAUAUCCGUCUGUCUGUUUUGUGUGGCUUACUGUGCGGUUGGAAUGACUUUUGCUCAGAGAACGCUGGGUGAGGAAACAGAGUCGCUUCCUGUAUAGUGAACGUCUAAUAAAAGCAUAUCUAUCUGCUGUGAGAGAGGGUCUGUGUGAGCCAACAUUCAACUGCAGCACAGAAGGCAAACUUUCUCAUCAUCCAUAAGGAGAUAUGAAUGGGGCAUGGUGCUUCUUUGUCAUUGGCUGUUGCCAACUGUUAGGUGCUCUGUGUGCUGAGUGGUCAGCCUUCAUGCCUCAGACUAUUGAGGCUCUGGCUGGCUCCUGUGUACUGAUCCCAUGUCAAUUUGAAGUUCCCGAAAACGAAGUUGCCAGACUGAAAAAACCAGCCAAUGGGGUGUGGAGGAAAAGGUCGCAGUGGUUUACGGGCGGUGUUGAUGUAUACAACUCAUCACAUCAUCAGAACAUCCUUCAAGGAGAGAUCACUGGGGACCUGAUACAGAAGAACUGCACCACUAUCCUGGAUGCCAUUCCUAGCAAUUACACGGACGUGUACUAUUUCAGAAUCGAAACUGGUUUCAUGGCAACCUUUGCCAAGAGUGUCAACAUAAAAGUCAUAGCCUCUCCACCCAAACCCCAGGUGACCUCAGUGGGUGCAGUAAUGGAGGGGACCCCGGUGAAUCUGACCUGCACGGCGUCAGCCCCCUGCCCUCGGCUCCCCCCAGCCCUGACCUGGUCCCCCCCCGAACUGGGGCGCGGCGCGAGCGCUCUACUGGGGAAUCCGGACGGGACCCGAUCCGCGUCUUCCACGCUGAGCUUCGUGGCCUCGCGUCUCCACCGCGGGCGGAUUGCGUGCAGCGCUGACUACCCCCUGCAGCUAGGGGGCGGUAGCGAGCGAGCAGAGGAGGCCGUCACGCUCAAUGUCCUGUACUCCCCAAAGGGCACCUCUGCUACAGUGAGUCCCUCUGAACUGGUUCCCGAGGGCACCACCGUCAGCCUGAACUGCACUAGCGAUGCCAACCCGCAGGUGGCGCACUACUCCUGGUUCCGAGUGAAGGAUGGGAAGGUGACAGCGGUGGGGUGGGAGAGGAACCUCACCCUGGUCAUGACUGAGAACCACACGGGCCUGUACCACUGCGAGGCCCAAAAUGAGCACGGGAGGCAGAACUCCACCGCGGUACAGCUGCGUGUGCAGGGUGCAGGUGCGGCACUGUGGAUUUGGGGGACGAUGGGGGGAGGGUUCCUACUGCUUUCCAGUCUGUUGAUCUUGUGCAUCUGUAGGCAGCGAAAGUUACCAGACCCUGUUGUCAUGAAGGUGCAAGGCGAAGACGACUCUCCGGUGUAUGAAAACAUAAGCACAGUGACGAAGCUGGGUUUCGCAGAGAACCAGCCCAGAAAAGAUCUGGACGAGGCUGUGUACAGCAACCGUAGAACGCUGAAUCCAAGCGGGACUGUCUGCAUGAGCAACCCGUCUGGCACAGCGGAGAGGGAUGACCAGCUGUCCGCAAACUGCUUCACUCCCUCCAGGCCAUAGCUUGGCGCUCGAGUCAGAAGAGCCCGUCUGUGAUGCGACUGAUGUUUUCCGACAUCACCAAGCAACCGAGUCUCCUCCUAUUUUUUACAGUCUCUGGUCUCCUCCCAGUUCCCUGUACUUAGUAAUGGACACUACUGCUUUACUUACCUUGUAUGAACCUGCAUAGAAAUGUUUCUUUGAACUCCAUCACGUACCGCCAACUUCAAC